ACCACCACCACCACUCCAGAAAUAAUAGCAGCGGCACCGGUUCACCAUCCUCGUCGCGAGGCGCUAGUCUAGUCCACAGAAAUUCUCUUCGUUACAACCCGACACCGUCUCCCACCAGCUCAUCUGGCCGAAGACGAGGUCGUUCCCUACACGAUUCAGACGACGAGGACAAUAUGGGUGCUGCAUUUGUUGAGAACCUUGCCCAUUCCAGGAAGGAGGCCACUAGGAAGCAGAGGAUAGAGGCAGAACAACGAAGGAGAGACGAGCUGAGGGAUGGUUAUGCAAGGCUGAAGGAUGUGUUACCAGUCUCAAAUCAAAAGAGCAGUAAAGUGUCGCUUCUUGAACGAGCUACGAAUCACAUCGUCAAUCUGGAGAAAUCAACGCAGGAGAUGCAGGCUCGUCUUCUUUCUUUGGAACAAGAGGUGCAGAGGCUACGAGCAAUCAACGAGAAGAUUUCGCUGGGCGUCAAUAACACCCCGUCACCAGGACAAAGUACCCACAUGCAUGGCAUGGACAGCAGACCUCUAUCCCCACCACCGGAAUCAGGGAUGCCCAUACAUUCGCUAGCCCAUGUAAAGGGCCAAGAGCCUCCACGAGAAGACUCGAGGAGUCCAGUCUCAGACGACGGCUGUUAUUAGACUAAUCUGGUUCUAAAGUCAUCAUCCCAAGGACGCUGUUGUUUUUUUUUACCUCAUUUUUUCUUCCUUUUUCUUCAUCCAUUUCUUCAUCGUCUUGUUUUAUUUGCACGUUUGUAUCACAUUUCACGGCGCAGCGAUUGGGAGAGCGAAGGAGACCGACUCACUCGAAGGAGGUUGACCGACAAAGGCGCUGGGGAACGUGUAUGGCGCUCAUGCGCACUAUCCACGGUUCAGUUCGCCUUAUUCUCCGCCUAACGUGAGACUACCCCCUAUAACUCGACGCUGCAGGCCAGCAUGCAAGAAACCACAUGUCGAUCCGGAUUCCAGUGUGUUUAACUUCUGAUCGCACCUUAUCUCGUUGAUCGAUGGAGCUGUGGCACAUUACUCCCCUGCCUCGUGUUCCUUUCGAGUUCUGGAUCCCUAGUGGACUAGAACCCUCUUCCUCUCGCAGCAACCUUCCCCCAUUGCACUUCUCGCGCCCUGUUUCACUCCAUUUCAUUCCACUGCGCUCCUACGUCGUUGCAGUCUGCUGAUUGUAUCCAUCUUACUCCGACGCAUCUCAUUCUCCCCUGCGCUUCAAACCGUCUUUCUUCCGAUGGACCCUUCCGAUUGCCUUGAUAUCGCGAUGCGACAGAGCACACUUCAAAUUAAAGACCGCCCCAUUACUUACGAAGGAUAUGAACCACUGAUACGACUGAACGAAAAACCACAUUUUGCGACGAGCCAUUCACGAAUUUCCACGUCGAUCGGAACUGCGGAGAACUUGCUCCGAAGUUGUCCAUUGACCCCAACCGUCGCCCGUGGCUGAAAUGGUAGGGACCAGCUAGGUGGACUGCCUCCGUCCGCUUCCGACUUGGAGUCGUCGAAGCAGACGAGAGAAAGACCUCAGCCGAAAGUUCCUUGAAGGAAACCUAUUAUUACGACGGGUGCCCGCUCCAGUAGCGGACGGAAGAGCAUGGACGAUGAAAUAAAGGACUUGUAGCAAUUUGACCGCUCCCGACGAUAUGACCGAAGAUCUACCAUAUCAUUGUAGUUAGAAGUUUGUUUGUGUCAGCGCAUACAAUGUUUUGUAUCCUUCCCAUCUGUAAAUUGUAUAUGCAUUCUUCGAAAUGGCCAAACUGUU